AGUGAGCGGUGCAUGCAUGCGUGUGUUUGCAUGUGUGCGAGCGCGGGUGAGCGAGCGUUACUUGUGUGAGCGUUGUACGUGUGCAAGGAAAGCACCUCGGGGUGGGGUGGGGAGGGGGGAACAAGGUGAAGACAACAGAGUGGAGCCUGGGGGGGUGGAGGUAAGGGGGGGAAAGCAGUUUGUGCGGACAUCCAGACGAGGAUAGCCGGAGCGCACCGGGUGCUUCUCCGUCCUGGACACGAUUUUGCCUUUUCAUUACCAGUGCUGGUGAGACCAGAGGGUUAUUCCCUGCAGAGGGAACGCUGAAGGAACAUCAUGGCAUUAGCGGGAUGCCCUGACUACUUCUUACGUCAUUCGAACUACCAGGAAAGGAUGGACCGCACUUCCACUCGCAGGCCUGACGAGCUUAUUGUUCCUGGCUUUCAGCGCUCAGCCAGUCAGAAUUUGCCACAUCACCAUGAUGAUGACGUGGAUCUGGAGCAGCUGGUGAAUGACAUGAACUCCUCUAUGGAGAGUGUGUACUCCACACAGACAGACACGGCGGUUCUUCUAAACAACGGCCACGCCCCUCACCACCACCAUCAGGUGCACUCGUCCUACCUGGGACACAGCCGUCGCCACACCCCAGCCCUGCCCUCUUCUUCCCCCUCCAGAGAAAGGCUGAGACACUCUCAACCCAUGCACAUCAAAGCUGUCAGGAACCUGCAGGAAGAGCACCAGCUGCGUCCAGCCUCGCUGCCAGCCAUCCCCAACCCUUUCCCUGAGCUCUGCAGCCUAACUGGAUCCCCUAUUCUGAGCCCCAUACAGACCUCUGACAACUAUAUAGUGAAGGUGUGGAGCGAGGAUGGGGCCGGCAAAGUCGUGGAGAUCCCGGCCGACAUGACGACUCGAGAUGUGUGCCAGCUGCUGGUCUACAAGAGCCACUGCCUGGACGACAGCGCCUGGUCGCUGGUGGAGCACCACCCCAUCCUCGGCAUUGAGAGAUGUGUGGAGGACCACGAGCUGGUGGUUCAGGUUCAAGCCUCCAUGAGCGGUGACAGUAAAUUCCUCUUCAGGAAGAAUUAUGCCAAAUAUGAAUUCUUCAGGAACCCCCUGAACUUUUUUCCGGAGCAGAUGGUGGCUUUUUGUCAGGAGUCUGAUGGCUCAAUUCCUCCGUCACAGCUCUUACAGAACUUUCUGAACUCAAGCAGCUGUCCAGAGAUUCAGGGCUAUCUGCAUGUGAAAGAGCCUGGACGCAAGUCCUGGAAAAAGCUCUACAUGUUCCUGCGCCGCUCCGGCCUUUAUUACUCCACUAAAGGAACAUCCAAGGAGCCCCGGCACUUGCAGGUACUGUCAGACCUGGAGGACAGUAACGUCUUCACCGUCAUCACGGGCCGAAAACUUCACAACGCCCCCACAGACUACCAGUUCUGCAUCAAGCCCAGCAAAGUGAGGAGCGACUGCAAGGAACUGAAAAUGCUGUGUGCGGAGGACGAGCAGAGCAGGACUUGCUGGAUGACUGCCUUCAGGCUGUUCAAAUACGGAAUAGUGCUGUAUCAGAGCUACAACGUGCCCCAGCAGAGGAAGUCUAACCUCUCGCCUUUUACUGCACCUGUGCGAAGCGUAUCUGAGAAUUCCCUGGUUGCCAUGGACUUCUCCGGGCGGACCGGUCGCGUCAUCGACAACCCCAUCGAGGCCCAGAGCGCCGCCCUGGAAGAAGGGCAUACCUGGAGGAAAAGGAGUCAGCGUAUGAAUGUCUUGGGCAGUCCCAGUCCCCUGCAUCCAUCUUCUCUGAGCACAGUGAUUCACAGGACACAGGUGUGGUUUCAUGGUCGUAUCAUGAGAGAGGAAGCCCACAAAAUGAUGAUACAACAAGGCCAAGUCGAUGGGUUAUUCUUGUUGCGGGACAGUCAGAGUAAUCCCAAGGCAUUCGUGCUCACCUUGUGCCACCACCAGAAGAUCAAGCACUUCCAGAUCCUACCGUGUGAGGAGGACGGUCAGGUAUUCUUCAGCCUCGACGACGGCGCCACCAAGUUCACCGAUCUGAUUCACCUGGUGGAGUUUUACCAGCUUAACAGAGGAGUGCUGCCCUGCAAGCUCAAACACCCAUGCACCGCUGUGGCCUUGUGACACUCCUCCCCCCCAAACCUUUCUUUGCACACCUCUCUCCCUGAGAUCUCCCUCCCUCCCCUUCUGUCCCCUUUACCCCUUCCCUUACCAACGCAGUGGGGGUUGAGGAGAUGGAGAAAAGUUACGUCCUGUUUUGCGGAUGUGAACAACUCUGCUAGGAGCCAGGACUGGAAGUCGAUGUCCCCCAGUGGGUAACGGCCAAGUGUCGAAGACUGUGGACUCCUGCGGUUGUUUUGUUAUUGGUGUUCAGACCCCAGAAAAAGACCAGCGUGAUGUGAAACCACAAGAUGGCUACAGUAUGUUUCCAGUGGGUCUCUUGGAUGGAUCCCUUCCUUUAGAGUCCCAAACCUUUCAGCCCCACCCACCCACCUUCCCCAUCCUCCAGGCCUGAUAAGCUGUGGUGCCCGCCCUGUCCUCGAUACCGAGGUGGGCGGGGAGCGCCACCUUCUGACUUCCUCAAUGAUCAUCAGGGAUGGACGGGAACCUCCCUGGGUCCCAUCAAACUUGAUCCAGGAGUUUUCUCAACCUGUGCAGUCCAGUCUGGAUAAGCUGACACCCUGCCCUCCACCCCCCGGAAACACCUUAGCGGGGCAUGACGUGGCAUCGCUGCCGUGUCCCGACCCACAGACCCCUGAUGCAACCCCAAUCCCGCCUCCACACGAGCUCAGAAAAAAGUCGGGAGAGAAACGAGAAGUCGCUGAAAGGCAAGACGAGCAGAGCAGGGGCGAGGGUUUGCUGAAAGGACAGAGGAAUGUUUAUCAGGAAGGCUGUACAAGCCUCUCUUGUAGAGUUGAUUACUUGAUGUCAUUUUAAUGCUGUUUUAUUACUGUUGAUUCAAUGAAGAACUUGUUUUGCACUCCCGAGCGGACAGACGACAGCUCUUUAGCUAAGAGAAGCUGCCUCCUCUUCCUCCUUCACUCCCCUUCUGAAAAGCACGCAUGUGAAUUUCCAUCAGCUCUGGCUGGAUUACGGUGGUGUGGGAGCACAGUCACAUCAUGCAGUGCUUUCCAGUAAGGUUUAAGAACAUCUAACUAACCUCCCCAGCCGUGUGUGUCGUACCAACAAGACCACAACAAUUAAAAAACAUGAAUGUGCUCUUGAACCAGCUGUAGGUGUCUCAAGACUUUAAGGAAGAAGAGGAAGAUUUUCAAAUAGACUCACUUUAAAGUGUGUCGAGCCCAAGCUUUCUACCAUUUCGGUCUUUUUUUUCCAAUCAAAAUGGUUAUUUUAUCUGUUGGUGAAUUUGUCUUUGAAUGUUUUCCUUUUACUAAAUAAUUUCUGAGCUCUCUGCUUGCACAUUUUUAAAAAAAUCAGCCUGAUUUGUUGUCGAUGGGUUGGAGCUGUCGUGUUCGGAUUCUGACCACUGUUCCCUCGUUGAAAGCAACAAAAGCACUCUCGAAACUUUUAUUAAAAACAUUUUAAAUAUGAAAUUUGAACAAAUUACUUGAAACGUGAACUCAGUUGUCUGUGUGUCAACAAGCAGUCAAAUGAGCUUCACUCGCCUUAAGUGAAAAUUGUGAGCCUUGUGUAUAAAAUUGAAGCUAUGUUUUAAAAAGUAAUGCACAUAGAGUAACACGUUUGGGAUUUUUUAUUCAGGGGUGGUGGAAGAACAUCAUGAGUGGGGAGAAAUGGUGGGAGAUUUGGGAAACAGUCCUUUUUUGCUUUCUUGUCAAGAAAUGAAACACACUCACAGGAUCUGUACGUUAAAUAUGAGGCUAAUGCUAGCGUGACUAGCAGUCUUGACUCUGUGCAGUUAGAAAGUCUGCCUAAAGCCACCUCUAAAGUCAGUAAUCAACAUGUUUUAUCAUCCUGGAAACAACAGUUUGUGAAAGUUAUCUGAUGUUUUUACUGAGCUUGGCUAGCUGGCUGUAGACUGCUAGCUAGCAUCACACAUAACUAGCUAGCUUCUCAUCUCUGCCUUCUUUUCUAACAGGAAAGCAAAAAAUAUAUUUUCCAAAAGGUCUAAAAGAUUCCUGUAAAGUAAAAAUCCAUUGGAACAAAACUUUGAAAACAUGUACUGGUGAUGCAAUCUCAGAUCUGGAUAAAAUGUCAGUUAACUCUAUAUUUAGAUAUUUCCAUUAGCUGCAUGAAGUGAGCACCAUUGCUAAACAUCAACAGGGUCGCUAAAUUACAAUCAAGCAGAAAUGGCUUCUUUCUUGAUUUUAUAAUCAAGCAGAAAUGGCUUCUUUCUUGAUUUCACAACCAAUCCAUCAAACAACAAAUCCACCGCUACAGAGACAUAGGAAGCUAACAUUACAGAGGGGUUUCGCUUAGUUUAGUAGUACCAGGUCAUUGUUUGAGUAAAUUAAGGGCCAACAAGUAUUUGUUUUUGUUCUUUCAUUUUGAAAAAGUAAAAGUAUUCAAUUAUUCAAGCUUCUCAAAUAACAGGUUUAGUGAACUGAACCUCCAGUUUCAGAUUGUUGUACUAGCUGUCACCUUUGGUUCUUGAGAUUUUUUUUUUCAUUCUUUAUUUUUUGUAGACACAUGACCCCUAACCAUGUGACAUUAACUUGUCGGCCAUUUUGGACAUGUGACAAUGUAGGAUAAAGUGAACAAGGCCCCAAUCACACAAGCCUACAGACUGGUCUGCAACCAGCUGGAAACCACUGGUCAUGAUGGGGAAAUAAGUAUUACUUUAAUGCUUGCAAGUAGUUAAUGGAGGUUGAUGGUUUUCACUCGAAAAAUAAAGUCUCAGUCACACAUGCCUUCCGGGUGGUCAGUGGCCCCUAUUUUUCCCCAAUGACCCACCUGUCAGUAUGGAAAACAUUUUGGAAACUGUAAAAUGUGCAGCAAAAAAAGGAAACAAGGAAUAUUUGUAUUUAUGUAAAAGUUGUCCUUUUUUGAAACAUGCUGGUUGUAAAUCUCAAGCACAGCUUUUACUUUGAAGAAGGAAUCCUCUCCAUCUCUGGUUUGUGUGACAAUUUACUACUGCUCAGAGAGUAAUUACAAAUAUCUUUCAGACAUACAUGACACACAGCGAUGCAAAUAUGCUAGCAACCAAAGGAGUCAUUGGGAGGUUUCCAUUAUAGCACCUACUUUGCAACUGAUUUCACCCAGCGAGAGCCACCAACCUCCUGGAAGUACUACCAACCAGUCCGUAAAUAUGUUUCCCUGACAACUAGUGGUUGUAUCGUUUCUAAUAUGAUGCCAUGUGAGAAAUCUCAGUACACCAAAAUUUGACCAAAAUCUUCUAAAUUGACUAAAUUGGAUAUUAGUGAUGGUUAGUCUGUAAGUCUAGCUGCUGUGAUAGUAGAUCUCAUGGAAAACAUUUGUCACGUGAAUGUGUCCAAAAUGUGUUACCAUUUUACUGUUUCGGUUUCCUUGAAUUUUUGGUUGAACGCUAGCUUUAUACUAGAACAUACCACAUGUAUGUUACAGAGAACGAGUUUGCUAAUAGGUGGCUAAAUGCUAAACACAGAACCUUAACCUUAUGCCCAAUCUUAGCAUUCAUGGUUCAAAACUCAUUAAAGUGGCAUCAGUUUGUGAAUCAGUCGGUAUCAUAAGCUUUUUCCCCCCUCUACCUAGUUGGUCUACUGAAAAAAAAUGAGCUGUCAUCAACCAAUUCAUGACAUGUAAGAGAAAAUGCCAAUUGUUGAUGCUGUUGCCAGGUCUCUAAAAAUGAAUCUGUAAUAGUCAGCAUAGAGAUCAGUUCCAAAGAAUUAGAUUCACAUAGAAAUUCCUCUCAAAGUAGCUUAAACAGAUCACGAGUUAGUUUAUUUUUGACCUUAUUUAUAGUAACAGGAAAAAGAUGCCCAAGAAAGGAGACGAGGAAUCCUUUUUGUCAUUCCUACUGUCACAUGACCAACUGAACCCGUGUGACAUAACACCUGCUUUUGUGCAGCACCCGUCCCGCCCUCACCUGCAGUUUCCAUCCAUCCUACCCCAGAUUCACAGGGUUAGAAUGAGGUCGGCAGACUCUAAGCACCGACACUGAUACACACACACACAGACACACACACAAUCCACUGCCGCCACCAGCCAACUAAUCGCGUGACUUAAACGACUCACCAGCUCUGCACUCCACCAAUCAGGCCUUUCUGGUCAGUCAGGUCAGACUCUCUCCAGGGAUUGGAUAAUGCUUGAAUCCCCCGCCCCCCUCUCCCACCUGUGUCCAGCCUGUAAGCUAUAUGACCCUGUGGUAAAUGUGUGUGUUGGUGUGCGGAUGACCAGACUGUUAUAUUCACUCUUCAGGAAGUCUGCUGGCUAACGCGCUUGCCCUUUUAGAGGCGGUAAGAAGACAGUCUGGUAAAGUCGGGGGGGUAAGCUGCAGAUUUAGAGGAGACGGGAGUUUGACUGGAAGUUUCCCAGCAUUCCCAGUCAUCAGUUUAGGUUCUUCCCUGUCUGACAGAGGAUGAAAGCCACGUCACUAUGGGUCAGCGGGGACAAAAUCACCGUCCUCCCUCCAUUUUUUUUUUUAAGUCACUGUGCUACAAUGCAAUCGUUCACAGAAGUCCAAUCAUAUGAAUAUAUACCAGUAUAAAGUCUUGUUUUCAAAGUAUGUGAAGCUAUGGAGAAGAUGUAGAUCUAACACUGUACCUAGGUCACAGAUCACUAUGUAUGGGCUGUUAUGCUUUUGCUCAUAACUCCAUGUAAAAUGAAGAAUGAUUUGUUUUUUCCUUUUUUUUAUUUUAUGAUUGUGUGUAUGACUUUAUUGUGUAUUGUCUUUGGUUUGCCACAAAAUGACGUAUACCACAGCAUAUACAGUAUUAAUUAAAUUAAACUUCUUUUUUUAUUUUAUUUUAAGAAAUCAAACUGGAUUUUUGGCAUGUGUCAAAUUUCUGAACUUCGGUUGUGUUUAUAAGCUGACAGGCUGUCGGAGUCUUCAUCUCUGCCAGGUUUCAACUCUUUCAGUAUUCCCUCUCUGUCAUUUACACUCCAUGUGUGGAUAUUAAGCCCACACACACACACACAGCAUUGUUUUUUGAUGGAGAGCGCACACGCUAAUUCUUAAGCUUUUCAUCACAAGUAGUGCAAUUAUAAGCUGUAGCUCCAGAGGAUUGUGCAUCUCAUUAUAAUGUCUAUGUUGUCUGAUUAUUUUUCUUAAAGGUGCGUAACAUUUUUUUGUAUUCUCUCGCAGCACGUGCCUCUUUCUGAAACGGUCACAGCUCCCUAGUUGCCGUCCGUCCACUCUCACACUGCGUUUCAAAUUAGCUGUGACUGUGAAAUGCAGCCUUACCGGAACUAAAUGCUAAUGUGGACGUCACACGUCAGUCCCACUGAACUUCGGUGACUUACACUAUAGGUGCAAGUGAAGCUAACUCAUUGUUUUUAUUGCUGGGUCAAAGUCAUCAUAAGUUGAAGUCAAAUAUAAAAUUCCAGGGAGGAAAAAAACAAAGGAUCAAAUGAACUGUAAUCAUUUUUUCUGAUGUACACUCCUCCACUGUGCUUUGCUUCAUUCUGUCUGUGCGGCUCCUGGAUCUACAUUGUAUCCUUUUCAGGUAUUUUUUGUACAAAUAAGGGACUGAUAUAUUCUCUGUUUAUUGGAAAUUAGAAUAAAAGACAACAUUGCUAUAAACCAAA